GGCGGAAGGAACCAGCGAAAGAGGCGAGUCCAGGGGGCGAUGCGGCAGGAACAGCGGCCUGAGCUGCGGACUUUUAAUUUUUGAAGUGAAUAAAACUGGUUUGGGAGGAAAAGAUGACUACAGCUGCAGAAAGGAAGUAUAUUAAUAUUAGAAAGCGAUUGGAUCAGUUGGGAUACCGCCAGACUCUGACAGUGGAGUGUUUGCCUUUGGUAGAAAAACUUUUCAGUGACUUAGUUCAUACAACAGAAAGCCUUCGACAAUCAAAGUUGUCUUCUGUUAAAGCUGAGAAAGAAAGUGCCAAUUUUGAUUUUGUUUUGGAACCCUAUAAAGUUGAAAAUUCAAGAUUGAGUAGGGAAAAUAAUGAACUAUACCUGGAGUUAAUGAAACUGAGAGAGCUCUCAGAACAAAACAUUAAAGAUUUAAAAACUUCAUUGAAGAAGUGUGCACGUGAAACAGCUGAUCUGAAAUUUCUAAACAACCAAUAUGUACAUAAACUCAAACUUUUGGAGAAAGAGAGUAAAGCUAAGAAUGAAAAAAUUCAACAACUUCAAGAAAAGAAUUUGCAUGCUGUAGUUCAAACUCCAGGUGGCAAGAAAAAAAACAUUGCUUUCCGGCGUCAGCGGAUGCAGAUCGAUGAGCCAGCCCCUCCCUCUGAAGUCAGCUCUUACCCUGUUCCGCAGCCAGAUGACCCUUACAUCGCAGAUCUUCUGGAAGUGGCUGAUAACAGAAUUCAAGAACUUCAGCAGGAAGUCCACCAACUGCAAGAAAAGUUAGCAAUAAUGGAAAGUGGAGUGAGAGAUUACAGCAAGCAGAUUGAGCUAAGAGAACGAGAGAUAGAACGCCUGUCAAUUGCUUUGGAUGGUGGUCGCUCCCCUGAUGUCCUGUCUCUGGAGACUAGAAAUAAAACCAAUGAAAAGCUUAUUGCUCAUUUAAAUAUUCAGGUUGACUUUCUUCAGCAAGCUAAUAAAGAACUAGAGAAGCACAUUCAAGAGCUUACUGAGACCAAGGAUACAGUGACAACUGAAGUUGUUAACUUAAGUAACAAAAAUGAAAAGCUCUGCCAAGAAUUAACUGAAAUAGACCAGUUAGCCCAGCAGCUGGAAAGACAUAAAGAAGAAGUGCUGGAGACUGCUGACAAGGAGCUUGAGGAAGCAAAGGAAUUAAACUUAUGCCAUAAAGAGAAGGAGAGAAUGAGCAAUGAGCUACUUCUGAAGUCAGACCUGGAAACUGUUGUUUAUCAGCUUGAGCAAGAAAAGCAAAGACUUAGUAAAAAAAUGGAAAGUUUUGCAGUUACAGAAAGAGAACUUACUUUGGAAGUUGAAAGAAUGAGGCUAGAACAUGGAAUAAAACGUCGAGACAAGUCACCUUCUCGUUUAGAUACAUUUCUGAAAGGUAUAGAAGAAGAACGAGAUUAUUAUAAGAAGGAGCUAGAAAGACUCCAACAUAUAGUACAACGAAGAUCUUGCUCUACAAAUUAUUGUGUGCGUGAAAAAAUUCCAACAUUUAAAGCACCAGAAAAGGGUGAUUACAAUUCAGAAGUUCAUCAGAUCACAAGAGAAAGAGAUGAACUUCAGCGUAUGCUAGAAAGAUUUGAAAAAUAUAUGGAAGAUAUACAGUCCAAUGUUAAAUUGUUGACAGCCGAGAGAGAUAAACUAAAUGUCUUAUAUAAUGAAGCUCAGGAAGAAUUAUCUGUGUUAAAACAAGAAUCCACCCAAACCCAAGUCUCCAGUAAUGUCAUUAAUUUUAUGGAAAAGGAAAAAGAUUUUGCAUUAUCUGACUUAAGAAGAAUUAUGUCAGAAAAGGAAGUCUUAAAGGAAAAGCUAAAAAAUAUCGAGGAAAUGGGUGCUUUUGGAAAAUCAGAAUUAGAGAAAACUAUUGAACAUUUGACAUGUGUUAAUCAUCAGCUUGAAAGUGAGAAAUAUGAAUUACAAUCUAAAAUGUUAAUAAUGAAAGAAACAAUAGAGUCAUUAGAGAACAAAUCAAAAUUCCAAGCUCAAAAACUUAGCCAUGUGACUGGUGACUCAUCUCAUCAGAAAACAGAGAUGAACUCCCUUAGGAUGGUAAAUGAACAACUACAGCGAUCAAUUGAUGACUAUCAGCACCGACUUUCCAUAAAAAGAAGUGAACUUGAAUCAGCUCAAGAACAAAUUAAAAUACUGGAGGAAAAAAUAGAUAAACUAACCUUUAAGAUGACUUCUCAGAAUGAGGAGGCUCAUGUAAUGAAAAAGACCAUUGGUGUUAUUGAUAAAGAAAAAGACUUUCUCCAGGAGACUGUAGAUGAGAAGACAGAAAUGAUUGCAAACUUGCAAGAAAACCUAGCUAACAAAGAAAAAGCUAUUGCUCAAAUGAAGAUAACUGUCUCAGAGUAUGAAUUAGCUAUUAAAGAGCUAAAUGAUACAUUGACUAAUCGGGACCGGGAGAUAAGCAGCCUCCGGCGCCAGCUUGAUGCAACUCACAAAGAGCUUGAUGAAGUAGGAAAGUCGAGAGAGAUAUCUUUUAAGGAAAACAGAAGAUUACAAGAUGAUCUGGCUACAAUGGCAAGAGAAAACCAGGAAGUCUCACUGGAAUUGGAAGCGGCAGUGCAAGAGAAAGAAGAGAUGAAGAGUAGAGUUCACAACUAUAUAACGGAGGUGUCUCGGUGGGAGAGCUUGAUGGCCACUAAGGAAAAAGAAAAUCAAGACUUGUUAGAUAAAUUUCAGAUGCUUCAUAACCGUGCUGAAGACUGGGAGGUCAAAGCCCAUCAGGCUGAAGGAGAAAGUAGCUCAGUUCGACUGGAACUUCUUUCUAUUGACACAGAAAGGAGACAUCUUCGAGAAAGAGUGGAGCUCUUAGAAAAAGAAAUUCAGGAGCACAUAAAUGCACAUCAUGCAUAUGAAUCUCAAAUCUCAUCGAUGGCAAAAGCCAUGUCUAGAUUAGAGGAAGAGCUGAGACGUAACGAAAAUGAGAAAGCAGCAGCAUUAAAUGAUUUGUCGUCUCUUAGGGAACUUUGCAUUAAGCUUGAUUCAGGCAAAGAUGUUAUGACCCAACAAUUGAAUUCCAAAAACCUUGAGUUAGAGAGGACUGUGGUAGAAUUAGAAAAUGUAAAAUCAGAAUCAGAGCUGCUAAAAAAACAGCUGGCAAGUGAGAGAUAUGCAAUCAAAAACCUUGAAACAUUGUUGGCUACAAAUAGAGAUAAAGAAUUUCAUUCUCAUUUAACCUCCCACGAGAAGGAUACGGAAAUCCAGCUACUUAAGGAGAAGUUAACCCUUUCAGAAAGCAAAUUAACCAGUCAAAGCCGGGAAAACACCAUGCUUCGAGCUAAAGUGGCACAAUUACAAACAGAUAAUGAUACUCUGAAAAGGCAGGUUUCAACUGAAAAAUAUGAACGAGAACGAGCAAUCCAAGAGAUACGUCGACAUGGCCUUCCUGCACCACCCCUUAGUUCUACUCUGAGAUCUCCUUUACAGUCUCCUGAACAUGUAAAUGUAUAGUUACCAGAAAGUUUUCAGAAUGAUGGCUUUCAGUGAGUUCCCGUGUGAGUCGUUAAAAGAACACAUCAUUAAUGAAAUAGUUGAAGUACUUGUGCCUGCAAAUCAUGAACAAUGACACAAAUUCUACCUCUGUCAACUUUUAUUGAAAUCAGUGAAUAUUUAUGUAAAAAAAAGUUCAGUUUAAAAGAACUCCAUGUGUAUAUUUUCAUAUAUAUGACAGAACAAAAUAUAUAUUAAUACUGCUUAACUGAUGCAAUGUCGAU